AUGCGAAGAAAAUUAUAUUGGAUUGCAGAAGUGCCGUAUAAGCCGAGUUUAUUGCUACAAGUAUUAAUGUUUUGCAAUGUAUACUUAUCGGCAGCCUGGGCCGGAGUUUAUGGCUUUUAUAUAUUGUAUAAUCUUUUCAAUUUUAAUGAUUUGCAUGGAAAUUUCAUUAUAAUCGCGUAUCUGUUUGGUACGAUAAUCGAGUAUUAUCGCUUAUAUAUGGGUUAUAAGGGUAACUUAAAAUGCCGGCCAGGUGACUUGAGCACAUUUUUGAUUCUCUCACUGUUAAUACAAAUUCCAGUAUUAGUGUUCCUGCUCUUAUCGAUUAAACAUUUCAUUACUUUAAUUAGUGUUAUCAUCAUAGGCGCACUCUCUCUAAUGAUAAUGGAAUUUUUUGUGGGCAUUUGGGUUAUAUGGCCCAAGAAAAAGAAAUGAAAACAAAUACAUUUGGAAUAUAAUAUUAAGAAAUAUUACCAUUCCCUCUUAUAUUGCUUAAAUAAAACGCAUCCAUCCAUCCAUCCAUCCAUUCAUCCAUUCAUUCAUUCAUUCAUUCUAUCAUCCGUCCGUCCAUCCAUUCAUU